UCAGGUGUCAGGAAGAAAAAAAUCACAACGACAGGAUCCUUUCAGCUUUUCAACAUGAGUGGGUUAAACUACCAAGGGUUCACAGGAGCCACAGUUUCAAACGAAAGGAGGAUCGUUCUAGUUGGGAAGACUGGCGUGGGGAAGAGUGCAGCGGGAAACACCAUCCUGGGGAGAGAAGCAUUUGAGUCUGAACUAUCUCCAUCUUCCCUGACGUCUGAAUGUCAGAAAGCGAAGGGGGGCGUUGGAGGUCGAAAGGUCGCUGUCAUCGAUACUCCGGGUCUGUUUGACACUAACCUGACCCAAGAAGAAGUGUUGAAGAGGAUUAAGAUGUGCAUCUCUUUCUCUGCUCCCGGCCCUCAUGCCUUCCUGGUGGUCCUUCAGCUGGGCAGGUUCACCCAGGAGGAGAAGGAAACCGUCUCGAUGAUUCAGACCACUUUUGGUGAAGAUGUCGCUAAAUACACAAUGGUGUUGUUCACGCAUGGAGACCAGCUAAGGAAGCAAACCAUUGAGGGCUAUAUUUCAGAGAGUGCUGACCUGAAAGCCAUCAUUCGGCAGUGCUAUGGUCGAUACCAUGUCUUUAACAACGAAAUCAAAGAUCCAGAUCAAACCAGUCAACUCCUGGACAAAAUUGACAAGAUGACUAUGGCUAACAAUGGAACCUGCUACACCAAUGAAAUGUUCAUGAAAGCAGAGCAGAAGAAGAGCGAUGAACUCCGGAUCGUUUUGGUGGGGAAGACAGGAGCGGGUAAGAGCGCCGCAGGAAACACUAUCUUAGGAAGAGAAGCGUUUCAGUCUGAACUGUCCUCUUCUUCUUGGACAUUUCAAUGCAAGAGAGCUGAGGGAGAGGUCAGAGGUCAAAAGGUUGCUGUCAUUGACACCCCGGGGCUGUUUGACACUAAUUUACCCCACGAAGAAGUGUUGAAGAAGAUCAAGACGGGUAUCUCUCUGUCUGCUCCCGGCCCUCAUGCCUUCCUAGUGGUUCUUCAGCUGGGCAGGUUCACCCAGGAGGAGAAGGAAACCAUCAAGAUGAUUCACAGCACUUUUGGUGAGGAAGCAGUUAAAUACUCACUAGUAUUGUUUACGCACGGAGACAAACUGAAGAAACAAACUAUUGAGCGCUUCAUUUCAAAGAGCGAAGAACUCCAAGAGCUCGUUGAGGUUUGCUACGGGCGAUAUCAUGUCUUCAACAACCAGGUGACAGACCAGGAACAGACUGAUCAGCUCCUGGAGAAAAUUAACAGAAUGAUUCUUGAGAAUGAUGGAGGGCACUACACCACAAAGAUGUUCAGGAAAGCACAAAAGGUCUUAAAGAAAGAGAAACAAAGGAAUUUAAAGCAGCUGAAGGCAGCAGAGAAGCAGAGGAGGAACGCCCUGAAGGCUGAAGUGGAGAGAGAACUGAAUGAAAGAGGAGAGUCAGUCAAACACAGCAAAUGUCUUGUGCAGUAGGGAGAUGGAGACGCUCUGGAACAGUGAAUAGAUGCUGAAUAGAUGUGGCUGCACCUCAAGGCUCAAGGUUCUUUUAAUCACUGGAUACAGCAUUUUACAAUUACUUCAGCUCUGGUUUUACAAAUUCUUAUCAUCAUGUACAAAGAGCAAAACCCUAAAUCACAUGCUCAUUCUACCUAACAUACCGAUGCCAGAAUUAAUGCAACAUGUGUUUCCUGUGCAUUCUCUUUCAAUACCAUGUCCUUGGUGAGCAACACAGAAACAGAAAUGCUAAUGAACCCACGGACAGAAAAUGUCCUUCCUUUUAUUUAUUUUCAAAAUGAUGUAUACGUUUCUGUUACAGUAGUGUAAAUUGAGGUUUAGUAUAGUACAAUGUAUAUUAACAUACAUGAUAUAUAAAUGAUAAUAUUACUGUUACUUAAUGUAUUAUGGAUUACUGCCUUAAACUUAGAAGAGAAAGGGAUGUUCCCUGUGUGUGUGUGUGUUGGUGCAUCUCUCCAUUUCACAAAAGGCACGUGGUGUAAAAUGUCAAAUCAAACAUGUGGAUAGUGCUCUGCUGUGGCCUGUAUUAUGUGCUAUUGCCUAAUAUGAGAGAUAGACGUGAUUUUGUUUUCCCUUCAUUUGAGGUGUGGUCUGCUGUAUAUUCUAUAUGUUUUACUCAGUGUUAUAUGCUGGGUUUUCAUGUAGAUCUGUAUUGUAUAGAUUUUCAGGAAUAAAACUUUUAUCAUGUUAAAUUGGAAAGUGAUGCAUUGUUCAUAUGAAAUAAGUGUGUGUGAGCUGAUGUGAGUGUAGGUCGCUUUUCAAUUUAUAAAUUCAUGACAUGUA